AUGAGAAAACAGUCAUCGUAUGAAAAUGGGUUCCUAAUAUUUGAAGACUACAACUUUGUUAUCUACAGCAAGUGGCGUGGAAGAAGAAUUUGUUGGCAUGCAAAAAACAAGUACUUAAGCAAUUUCAACGUUGGUACGUGCUUUUAUAAACGCUUUCAAAACUAUAAUUUCAGCCAUGCAAAAAAUAGCGUAAGCUUAAAAUUAAGCACAGAAAAUAAACUGUUUGAAAAAGUAGAACAAAAUAUAAAAUGGCUAAUUAAAUUUAUUAUCAGAAUAAAAAAGAACGUUAAAAAUAUUUACUUAUUUGUAAGUUUUAUUAGUACAAAAUGUAUAUUAAAAAUGUCUACUUUUUAUUAUUUAAAGUAUAUUGUAGAAAAAAUUUAUGAACACAAAUUAGAAACAUCAAUCCGUGUAGUCUUACCCAUAUCAGAUUUACACAAGUUAUAUACGUAUAUAUAUUUCGAGAAUUUUUCAUUUAUUAAUUACUAUGAGAAAUUGUUAUCAAAGAAAGACGUCUCUCGAUUCAAGCGAUAUUACUGCCCCGUUAUCCUACUGAACAGCCCAAACAAGAAUUUUACCCUGCCGUAUGAGAAGGUAUAUGGCCAGGAUGUUAUAAAAAUGAUAAGAAUAGGGAAAUGUAGAAAGAGCAGAUUGGCAAAAUAUACACACAAAAAGGGUGAAAUUUUUCAAAGUGGAGAAAAAGUAUCAGGUUUAGAAAAAACUACAAACGAGGAACCCCCGAUUAAGCAACAUUAUGGAAAUGUGAAAAAAGAGGAAGGAAUAAUCGAAAUAAACGUGACUAGUGAGAAUAAACAUCACCGAAGAAAGAGGAAUGGAAAAAAUGUAAGGAGGCGAAAAAAUAUAAAAAUACAAAAAUAUAAAAUAAAAAGGGUAAUAGGAAAAAGAUUACACACAAGUGAUAUAGGCCUGUUCGCAGGCACAUUCGAUAAAAUACAUUUUGGCCAUAUACUAUUACUAUUUUACUCGGUCCUCUUAACGAAGAAGUUUUAUUAUAUAGGGUUAUACAAUAAUAAAAAUAUAUAUAACAAAAAAUAUGCACACGAAAUUGACGAUUUGAAAUUAAGAAUUUACCACAUAUCGGACAUAUUAUUUUUAAUAAAAAAUGUAUAUCACAUACAUUUCUUUUUUCAUAACUUUACCCAUGUUAUGCCAUUUAUAAAAAUCAAAAAUUCACAUAAAAUUUUAUUUAAUAUUAUAAUUAACCAAAAAAAUGAAUUACAGAUAGAGUAUCACAAAAGAAAGUAUCAAAAAUAUAUGUGCUAUUCUUCUGCUCACUUUAAGAAAAAUUCCAGUGAAAAUUUCACUAAGAACAGCAAAGACCUAAAAAAGUACCUCUCCCUUGGGGGUACUAAAAUAGGUAUGACAUUGUGUAAGGGAAAAAUAAAUGAUCAAAAUGAACUUUUCUGUAGAAAUAAAAUGAAAAGGAAAAUUUUGAAAUACUUACUUUUUCAUGUAUCCAAUAGGAAUGGAAAGAAAUUUAAGAAUAAUAAUAACAAAAUUGUCGUAUUGAAGAGAAUACAUGACCCAUUUUCCUUCGCAGUUGAUAUUAACGAUUUGUAUUGCUUGACAAUGUCUAAGGAGUCUGAGGCAAACGGUUAUAACGUAGUGAAAAAAAGAGAAAUGCUAAGAGAGGAUGAAAACGUACAUUCUAAUAAAAUGAUAAGGGGUAAAAAACUGAAUGAGGAAUUCAAAGAGUUAAAAAUGAAAGAUGAAAUAACAAAUGAGAUAAAAAAGAAUAUGGAAAAGUCAAGAACCAACUUGAACAUUUUUGACACAAUUGAUUUAGGGGAUGGGGAGAAAAUAAGUUCUACAUUAGUGAGAAAAGAAAAUUAUUUUUUAAAAAAAAAGAAAUUUUCAAAAAUUUUAAGAUACUUCAUUGAUGCAUGUUUAUUUUUCCAUAUUGAUCAUUUCCUCAUACAAAUGUAUUCAGACAUUUUUUUACAUAAAAAUGGAAGAACCCCUUUUAAAAAGCUUUAUAUAAAUAAUGUGAAACAUCAUUUUUGUAAAAAUGAAAAGAAUAAAAGGAAAAAAAAAAAAAAGAAAAAAGAAAAGCUCCAUAAUAGAAGUGGGAAGAAGGAAGAUAAUUUUAUUGUUAAUGAUUUUUUCAGACAUUUGUUUGUUUUGCUAUCCUUUUUUGUUAAUCAUUUUGCUGAUAAAGAAGAAAAACUCAAGCAAAAUAAAAUUCAACUUUUUAUGAAUAUUUCUUUAUCACUUUCUUUCUUUUUUUACAACAACAUGAUUUUGUUAAUAAUAAAAAGAAAGGAACAACUUAUAAAUGAAAAUUUCUCAAUCAAUCAUAAGCAUUUAGAACAAAAAAUAAGUAUGUUUCAUGCAUACGAUGACAACAUUUUGCGAAUUUACAUGAACAAUGUGGAGGAACAUUUCCUCGAGGAAAUACUCAACCAGGUUCUCAUUUGGACUCUGUUACUUUUAUCUCUAUCCAUAAUGUGCAAAUUAUACCAUUUGGAAAUUCUACCAAGAAGCGCAAGAAAUAAAUCAAUACAAUUAGUUCAUUCUGAUGAUAUUCCAAAAGAGCAACAAAAACAAUCGCAUAAAAUGAUUAACCAAAAAGAGGUAGUUCAUAAUGCCCUUAUAUACACUCUCAGCAGCAGCUUCAUAAGCAAUUCCAAAAAUUGUGAUACAUGUAAGGUUCCAAAAAAAUUACAUAAAAGAUAUAACAUAUACGGGGAAGACAAAAAUCAAAGUCUAAGUAAGGACCAUGAUGAUUCUUUAUUAAGAAAAAUUAAUUACUCUUUAUACUUUUCCAAUUAUUCUAAGGAUAAAGGAUUACAUAGAAAAGGUUCCAUAGUAACAGCUUACACCCUCUACAAUCACGCAUUAACAAGGUUCAAAAUGAGGUAUCCCAUUUUUCGUUAUUUUAAUAUUCCUCAGGGGAAGAAGAUGAGAAUAGCACCUUUUCUUGAUAAGGAAGAAGAGGAAAAGGUUAUCCCUUGCAGCUAUAAAAUAUAUACUAAUGAUGUACCUAGUGUGCAGAAUACAAUUAAUCCAGACAGUGAUAAAACUUUUGGAAUUUUCAACAAAACUGAUGUGCAUAAUUAUCCAAACGAAUAUAACGAUGCUGAUCUGUCACAACAUAGACGUGAUAGAAAAGGGAAAUUUUCUGAAAAUCACUUUUGGCAUGUAACGGUUGGAAAAAAUGAAAGAAAAAUAUUAAACAAUAUGUAUGACAUAAAUAUUAGGAGUAAAGAAAAUAUCCCCAUUUGGAAAGGCAAAACAAGUGUAAAUGACAUUGAGAAAUAUAUUAAAGGAACAACAGCAUGCUCGAAUAGUAACCAUAGUGAAAGAUAUGCAUCGUUAAUGCAAAUAAAUAUUAACAAUAAUGAUGAAAUUUUUUUUUUCAGAAAAAUAUUGAUUUAUAAAUUCCUAGACAAUUACUUUAUUUCUUUUUUCUCUUUUUACUGCGCAAACAAUUUGAUGAAUAGUGAAUCGAAAAAAAGUACACCCUGUGGGAAUACCAAAGUAGAUGAUUUUUUGUAUGUAUUUUUGGUCAAUUUUGAAAAACAUAUUGAAAUGAUUAUAAAUAGUUUCAUUCAAAGGAGGUGGGAAUUAAAACCCAAAAAAAGUAAUGAUCCUUUUGAUCCUUAUCUUCAAUACCAGAAAAAAUAUUCCAUAAUUCACAGAUAUCUUAUAAUGAAUUUGUCUCCACUAAAUAAUUAUAACAUUGAUUUUGAACGAAAAUACAAUGUUAAAAAUGGAGAGACCACGUUUGCAGAUACGCCCUUUCGCAUCCAUAUGGGGAGCUCGAGACACUCAAAAGGAGCGAAAGCUGAAAAGGCUCCUAAAAAUGCGAGAGAUGGAAAGGGCUCUAAAGACGCAACAACGGAGAAACAUUUGAACGUAUUAACAUUUUACAGCCUGAUUAUUCAAAGCAUUUUAACACAUGAAAAUUAUUAUUAUCCAUACUUCUCAUCACUCAAUUAUUUGUAUCUGGACAAUGUUUGA